CUCAGUUAUGGCUUUGUUCUUUCUGAUAAAUUCCAGUCCCCUUUUGUCUACCGCAUGACACCAAACCAAGAAACGCAGUACCAGGGGAUGGUCCGACUCCUCCUGCAUUUCAGGUGGACGUGGGUCGGCCUCUUUGCUCCAGACAAUGACAAUGGGGAAAGCUUCCUGAGUACCUUGACACCUCUAAUGAACAAAAGGGAAAUUUGUGUUGCCUUCACACAAAGAGUACAACGAGAAACGUGGCUAUGGAUACCCCAUGAAGCACCUGCCCUGUGGAGACAAGUCAAUGUAUUUGUUUACUUUGCAGACUCUCAAAGUGGACUUUUCAUAAUCAUAGAGGUUGAGUCCUUACUUGAAAGGAUACAAACUGGGGGGAAAGUCUGGAUAAUCACAGUUCCACAGAACAAAAUUUUCUUAUGUGAUAUUGACUGCUUCCAGUAUGCCCAUGGCUCUUUGUCCUUUGUAAUGAAGACCAAAAAAAGGAUGAAGAAGGACUAUUAUGGGCCAAUGUCCUUGGCUGGUCAACAGUAUUCAGAAGAAGCAUUUGAUUGUUCAUAUUCAAAGCAUGUCUUGUCU